AGCGCCGCGAUCCUGUCAGUGUGGGAGCGGCGCUGUGGGGUGCGCUCCGCUCCGCUCCUUCUUCCCGGCGCUGCCUUUCUUUUUCCUCCCUCCCCCUUUCUCCCCUCCCUCUUUCCCUCCCUCGCCCUUCCCGCUUCCUUCCUGCUCCCUUCCAAGCGGCGGCGGGCCGGGAAGGGGGGGGGGAGCAGCGGCGUCGUCGUCUCCCAGCCUCGGUGGAGGCGGCGAAGCGUGAUGGCGAUGCCCGGGCUCUUCUCUUUCCUCCGCCCCGCGCUGCGCUGCUUCACCGGCCCCUCCGCCUUGCCCAGCUGCUGACAGCGCCGGCGGCCGCGCACUGCCCGCGUCCUGCGGAUCCCCCUGCCCGUCCCCAGAAAACUCCACCCAAAAGGAUAACUUGAAAUCCUCUCGACCCCUUUGCUUUUGAUUUCUUGACUGCACUACAAGCAACCAGGAUGUCGGGGGCUUCAGUGAAGGUGGCUGUUCGGGUCCGGCCCUUCAAUUCCCGAGAAACCAGCAAAGAAUCCAAAUGUAUCAUCCAGAUGCAAGGCAAUUCAACAAGUAUUAUCAACCCAAAGAAUCCUAAGGAAGCACCAAAGUCCUUCAGCUUUGACUACUCCUACUGGUCCCACACCUCGCCUGAAGAUCCCUGCUUUGCUUCUCAGAGCCGGGUGUACAAUGAUAUUGGGAAGGAGAUGUUGCUGCAUGCCUUUGAGGGCUACAAUGUAUGCAUUUUUGCUUAUGGACAAACUGGAGCUGGGAAAUCCUACACCAUGAUGGGCAAGCAGGAGGAGAGCCAAGCAGGCAUAAUCCCCCAGCUCUGUGAAGAACUGUUUGAAAAAAUCAAUGACAACAGCAAUGAGGAAAUGUCAUAUUCUGUAGAGGUGAGCUACAUGGAGAUUUACUGUGAGAGAGUCAGAGACUUGUUGAACCCCAAGAACAAAGGGAAUUUGCGGGUGAGGGAACAUCCUCUGCUCGGCCCCUAUGUGGAAGAUCUCUCCAAGUUAGCAGUCACAUCUUACACAGACAUUGCAGACCUCAUGGAUGCUGGGAAUAAAGCCAGGACUGUGGCAGCUACCAACAUGAAUGAAACCAGCAGCCGCUCUCAUGCUGUGUUUACAAUUGUCUUUACUCAGAAGAAACAUGACACAGAAACUGACCUUUCCACAGAGAAGGUCAGCAAGAUCAGCCUCGUGGAUCUAGCUGGGAGUGAGCGAGCUGAUUCAACUGGUGCCAAAGGAACCCGAUUAAAGGAAGGAGCAAAUAUAAACAAGUCUCUCACAACUCUGGGCAAAGUUAUUUCAGCACUGGCUGAAGUGAGUAAAAAAAAGAAGAAAACAGACUUUAUUCCAUACAGGGAUUCUGUACUAACGUGGCUUCUUCGAGAAAAUCUGGGUGGGAACUCCAGAACUGCAAUGGUUGCUGCUUUGAGUCCAGCAGACAUAAACUAUGAUGAAACUUUGAGCACUUUAAGGUAUGCUGAUCGUGCAAAACAGAUCAAAUGCAAUGCUGUUAUUAAUGAAGAUCCCAAUGCCAAGCUGGUGAGAGAGCUGAAGGAGGAGGUGACAAGGCUCAAGGACCUCCUGCGUGCCCAGGGGCUGGGAGAUAUUAUUGACAUUGAUCCAAUGGGAGAUGAAUACUCUGGAAGUGGAGGCAAAUAUUUGAAAGAUUUUCAGAACAAUAAACAUAGAUACUUGCUAGCCUCCGAGAAUCAACGUCCUGGCAAUUUUUCCACAGCCUCCAUGGGGUCCCUCAGUGCUUCUCCAUCCUCCUGUUCACUCAGUAGUCAGGUGGGCUUAACAUCUGUGUCCAGUAUACAGGAAAGAAUCAUGUCAACACCUGGAGGAGAAGAGGCAAUUGAACGUUUGAAGGAAUCUGAGAAGAUCAUUGCUGAGCUGAAUGAAACAUGGGAAGAAAAGCUGAGGAAAACUGAAGCCAUUAGGAUGGAAAGGGAGGCAUUGUUGGCAGAAAUGGGAGUUGCCAUUCGAGAGGAUGGAGGGACACUGGGAGUCUUCUCACCUAAAAAGACUCCACAUCUUGUAAACCUUAAUGAAGAUCCACUCAUGUCUGAAUGUCUGCUUUACUACAUCAAAGAUGGCAUUACCAGGGUUGGCCAGGCUGAUGCUGAGAGAAGACAAGACAUUGUAUUGAGUGGGGCUCAUAUCAAAGAAGAGCACUGUAUCUUUCGGAGUGAGAGGAACAAUAAUGGUGAAGUUAUUGUUACUUUGGAACCUUGUGAACGAUCAGAAACCUACGUUAAUGGCAAGAGAGUUGUGCAGCCCGUGCAGCUGCGCUCAGGAAAUCGUAUCAUCAUGGGUAAAAAUCAUGUCUUCAGAUUCAAUCAUCCAGAGCAAGCACGAGCAGAAAGAGAGAAAACACCAUCAGCUGAGACUCCUUCUGAGCCAGUUGACUGGACAUUUGCUCAGAGGGAGCUUCUGGAGAAGCAGGGCAUUGACAUGAAGCAGGAGAUGGAGAAAAGACUGCAAGAAAUGGAGAUUUUGUAUAAGAAGGAGAAGGAGGAAGCUGACCUCUUGUUGGAGCAGCAAAGGCUGGACUAUGAGAGUAAGCUGCAAGCCUUACAGAAGCAGGUAGAGACAAGAUCCUUGGCAGCUGAAACAACAGAGGAAGAAGAGGAGGAGGAGGAAGUGCCCUGGACACGACACGAGUAUGAACUUGCACAAUGGGCUUUCAGGAAGUGGAAAUUUCACCAGUUUACUUCACUGAGAGACCAGCUCUGGGGAAAUGCAGUGUAUCUGAAAGAAGCCAAUGCCAUCAGUGUAGAGUUAAAGAAAAAGGUGCAGUUUCAGUUUGUCCUGCUGACAGACACCCUCUACUCACCACUGCCACCAGAGCUUUUGCCCACUGAGCUGGAGAAGCCCCGGGACAACAGACCCUUCCCCAGGACAGUGGUAGCUGUGGAAGUCCAGGAUCUGAAGAAUGGAGCAACACAUUACUGGUCCUUAGAGAAACUCAAGCAGAGGCUGGACCUGAUGCGUGAGAUGUAUGACAGAGCUGGGGAAAUGGCCUCCAACACACAGGAGGAGAGUGAAAGCACAAUGACAGGCAGCGACCCCUUUUAUGAUCGUUUUCACUGGUUCAAGCUGGUUGGAAGCUCCCCCAUUUUCCAUGGCUGUGUCAAUGAGCGCCUCGCUGACCGCACGCCCUCCCCCACUUUCUCUACGGCUGACUCCGACAUCACUGAGCUGGCUGAUGAGCAGCAGGAUGAGAUGGAGGAUUUUGAUGAUGAAGCCUUUGUGGAUGACACUGGCUCCGACGUGGGAACUGAGGAGGGAUCAGACCUCUUCAAUGAUGGGCGCGACCCGUUUUACGACCGAUCCCCUUGGUUCAUUUUAGUGGGAAGAGCAUUUGUAUACCUGAGCAAUCUGCUGUACCCAGUGCCUCUGAUUCACAGAGUUGCUGUUGUCAGUGAGAAGGGAGAAGUGAGAGGGUUUCUGCGAGUGGCAGUGCAAGCAAUAGCAGCUGAUGAAGAAGCCCCAGAUUAUGGAUCUGGUAUUCGACAGUCUGGCACAGCUAAAAUUUCAUUUGACAACGAGUACUUUGAUAAGAAUGAUUUUUCUUCAGUUGCAAUGACUCGAUCUGGACUGUCACUGGAAGAAUUAAGAAUUGUGGAAGGGCAAGGACAGAACUCAGAGGUUACCACUCCUCCAGAGGAGUUGAACAGAAUGAAUGAGCUAGACCUGAAGUCAGCCACUUUGGAUGGAAAGAUGACUAUGGAAGGACUCACUGAGGAAAUUGGUGAUCACUUGAAACUGGGCAGUGUGUUCACCUUCCGUGUGACAGUGCUCCAGGCCAGUGGCAUCCUUCCUGAAUAUGCUGAUAUUUUCUGCCAGUUCAACUUUUUACAUCGACAUGAUGAAGCUUUCUCAACAGAACCUCUGAAAAACAAUGGUCGAGGGACACCCCUUGGGUUUUACCAUGUUCAGAAUAUUGCUGUGGAAGUGACAGAAUCAUUUGUGGAGUACAUCAAAACAAAGCCUAUUGUGUUUGAAGUCUUUGGACAUUAUCAGCAGCAUCCUCUCCAUCUCCAAGGACAGGAUCUCAACAGCCCUCCACAGCAGUCCCGCAGAUACUUUCCUCCCCCAAUGCCACUCUCAAAGCCAGUGCCAGCCACAAAGCUAAAUACUAUGAGCAAACCAAGCCUGGGCCAGAGUGUGAGCAAGUAUGACCUCCUUGUGUGGUUUGAGAUCAGUGAAUUGGAGCCAACAGGGGAGUAUAUUCCUGCUAUUGUGGACCACACUGGGGGCCUGCCCUGCCAGGGGACAUUCCUGCUUCACCAGGGAAUCCAGCGUAGAAUCACAGUCACCAUUAUCCAUGAGAAGGGCAGUGAGCUGCACUGGAAAGAUGUGAGAGAGCUGGUUGUUGGUCGCAUAAGAAGUAAAGCAGAGGUAGAUGAAGCUGCUGUGGAUGCUAUUCUGUCUUUGAACAUUAUCUCUGCAAAAUACCUGAAGUCCUCUCACAACUCCAAUAGGACUUUCUAUCGGUUUGAAGCAGUUUGGGAUAGCUCCUUGCAUAAUUCCCUUCUCCUCAAUCGAGUGACACCAUAUGGAGAGAAGAUAUACAUGACCCUUUCUGCUUACCUGGAGCUUGACCACUGCAUCCAGCCUGCUGUGAUAACAAAAGAUGUUUGUAUGGUCUUUUACUCACGAGAUGCCAAGAUCUCCCCCCCACGAUCACUUCGCAAUCUCUUUGGCAGUGGCUACUCCAAAUCUCCAGAUUCCAAUCGAGUAACUGGGAUCUAUGAACUCAGUUUAUGCAAAAUGGCAGACACAGGAAGUCCAGGAAUGCAGAGAAGGAGGAGGAAAGUCCUGGAUACAUCUGUGGCAUAUGUGCGAGGAGAAGAGAACCUGGCAGGCUGGAGGCCCAGGGGUGACAGCCUCAUCCUAGAGCAUCAGUGGGAACUGGAGAAACUGGAGCUGCUGCAUGAGGUGGAGAAAACCCGACAUUUCCUUCUGCUUCGUGAAAAGCUCGGUGACAGCAUCCCCAAGUCUCUGAGUGACUCACUGUCUCCCAGUCUGAGCAGUGGAACCCUCAGUACCUCCACCAGCAUUUCCUCUCAGAUCUCAACUACAACAUUUGAGAGUGCUGUGACCCCCAGUGAGAGCAGUGGCUACGACUCAGCUGAUAUAGAGAGCCUGGUGGAUCGGGAGAAGGAGCUGGCCACCAAGUGUCUGCAACUUCUUACUCACACCUUCAAUCGAGAGUUCAACCAGGUGUACAACAGCAUCAGUGACUGCAAGCUGUCAGAUAUUUCUCCAAUUGGGCGAGACCCAUCAGUGUCAAGUUUCAGCAGUGCUACCCUCACACCUUCAUCUACCUGCCCUUCUCUGGUGGAUUCAAGAUGCAAUUCAAUUGAUCAGAAGACUCCAGAAGCAAAUUCUCGUGCCUCCAGUCCCUGUCAUGAAGUGGAACAGUUCCAGAUAAUUCCUGCAGUGGAAACUUCUUAUCUUGCCAGAGCUGGAAAGAAUGAAUUCCUAAAUCUUGUUCCUGAUAUUGAAGAAAUCAGACCAGGCUCUGUGGUCUCAAAGAAAGGUUACCUCCACUUCAAGGAGCCUCUCUCCAGUUCCUGGGCCAAGCACUUUGUGGUGGUUCGCCGCCCCUACGUUUUUAUUUACAACAGUGACAAAGAUCCUGUAGAAAGAGGAAUCAUAAAUUUAUCCACAGCUCAGGUGGAAUACAGUGAGGAUCAGCAGGCAAUGGUAAAGACACCCAACACCUUUGGUGUCUGCACAAAGCACCGUGGGGUCCUGCUCCAGGCCAUCAAUGACAAGGACAUGAAUGACUGGUUAUAUGCCUUCAAUCCACUUCUUGCUGGCACAAUACGGUCAAAACUGGCUCGAAGACGCACGGGCCAGCUGAAGUACUGAGUCCAUGUAAUGUUCUCAUCUGUUCUCCCUAACUCACCUUCUGAUAGAUGAAGUGUUACCUCUCAUUUUAUCUUUGUGAUUCUUGACAGUUUCUCUUGUAUGUAAUCCUGUGGCUUAACCUCCCCUACCUUCCCAACUCCUUCAGCACAUUUUCUAGGUAUUCUUAACCCUACCUUGUUUCUUUUCACUUGUGCCGAGAAUCCUACUAGUAGCAUGUGGACAAACAAAAAAAGAGAAAGACAAAAAAUAUAAUAUAAAAAAAAAAAUUCAAGUGAUUAUGCACGACUAAAAAGAAAAAAAAAAGGUAUUUAUUUUUUCUUAUAACAAUUGUUUUCCCAUUCCAACUGACCUUUUGGUGUCUGUCCCACUGUCCAUUGUUGUCCGUCUAGACUGCUGCAGGUUUUUCAUUCAGUUUGUGACUUGGCAGUAGUCCUUGGUUCCCUCAGGGCAAAGUUCUAAUGCCAGGGAAAGAUAAAUUCUUCUAUGUAGACAUUACCCAGCCAGGAACUGCUGCAAUAGCUCCUCAGGCUUUCUGAAUCCAGCUGCUAAUUUAAAGUCUGUUGUAAAGCUGAUAUUGGACAAAUCUAUCUGGACAGGCUGGGUUUUGGACUUGGUAAAAGCUUUUGAGUUUCCAGGGUCCAACAGGCUAAGGCAUGAGCUGGAAAAAGAUAGGGAACAAGCUCAGAGGGGCUGGUUAGAAUAAUCCUCCUUUAAAUUCUUGCUGCAGGGUUGCAGGUGAACAGUGAUUGGCUUUCUCUUUCCCAAAACAUUAACACUCAGUCCUCUGCCUCUGAACGGAGCUGAGGAGAAGGAACUUGUGCUAAUGUGAGGAAAAAUAAACCUCAACACAGAAAUAUUAAGUAUAAUCCCUGAAGUUUUGUCUCCUCAGACUCAUAUUUGACAGAUGGAGAGUGGUGAGUGAAACCAUCACCACGGGAGGGCAGUAGCUCCUCUUACUGCUUUUAGUCCUGAUCUCCGAGUUCCUGUAGUGACAGUUCCCACCUCACUUGGAAGAGAUUCACGGUUGCCUCUGGUGUGUGCUCUACAGCAUCACUCUGAAAGGCCUUGUGCAAGCAUCCCUUCUGUGUAACACCCAGAUGACAUCCCAUCUCUUCAUGGGCAAUGCAUCCUUUGUCCACAAAUACUUUCUAGCCCCAGACUGGCACUGUUCUCCAGGGAACAGCAGGCCACUUCCACCUCCUCAUGGAAUAGCUGUUGAAUGUCUCCUAAUUUCCCUGCUACAAUUUUAAUCAGCUAAAACCCCCUAGUUAGUUUUAACUUUAGAAUUAAACCCUUCUGGAGGAUGGAUCAAGUAGACUCUGGUCAGUGUACUAAUUGGCUUCCUGGAGAUCAGUUGGGUGGAGUUAGUUCUUUACCCACCACCUAAGUUCUCUUUAUGGCCAAAGUUUUGGUCCUUGCCCCAAGACAGGAAAGUAGAAUGAAUUUCCUUACUCAUCUUUCUUCGUUAGGAUUACAGGGGGUAGGGGGUGUUUUCUUUUACCAGGUUUCAGACUGCUGUGCUAUACUUGACUUAGCUUGGGCACGGAUAGGAUUAACUGUGGUCCCAGGGAGUGUUCAGGAAUUCCAUCCUAAGGUUCUGACCUCUCAAGGGAGAGGUAAAAGGGUUUGUUCCACUGUUACAGUAGGCACAUGUAGACACACUCCAUCUCAAGAAGGUCUUUUUGGUUCAGCUCACUCACCAGCAGGUCAUGCUGUGCACUGGACAUUCUGUGCUCAAAGGUGUCAGUGGGACUGGCAUCAGUUGAGCAAUUUUUUUUAACUUUGUGGGGUUUUCAUUCUUCAGUAAAGUGACCUAAAAGCAUGGUUGGCAAAGGAGCAGGGAGAUGGAGUCUGACACUUACUAGGACGUAUCUUUAUAUACUUUGAAAGAGUACUCAAGGAUCUCCUGUGGUCCUCAAGUUUAUUUCAGAACUGGAAGCCAGGGUGGGGGAGUAUCCUGGGGACCCAGGAGCACAGUAAGGGUGGUUUUUUGUUUUGUUUUGUUUUUCUCUCCUGUUUUUGUCUUGUUUAAUUGUUUGUGACUCUUAACACAGUGAUUAUAUUCCUUUGUUAUGCAAUGGAUGUCAAUGCACUUCCAGUGUGUGGAUCAGAGUGCUCGUGCUGCAGGAGGGCUCCCCAGGCUGGAGCUAAGCUGAUUUCAAGAAUUAAGCUAAUUUUAAGCACUAAGUUGUUGCUGCCAUCAGCACCAUUUAUAAUGAAAGUGUAACCAGUCUGAGGAGGAGUAGGAGUUUAGGUGGGGGUAUUUUGUGACACACUGAGAGCAUUUUCAUUUUUAUCUUUGUCUUUUUAACUAGAAGAAAACUAGUUUGCUAAGUCUUUGCUUUGGAUAAGCCUGAAAAUUAACUAAAGGGAUAUAGGCAUUGCAUAAAAACAUGAUUAAGGGAUCUUCCUUUAAAAGCAGGAAGAGACAGAUGCUUAAAAAUACAGAGCUGGAAAUGCUACAGCUGUGUUGUGUAAAUGUUCUCUUCUAUCUAAAGACUGCAAGCAGCUUCUGACAACCUGAUGUCUAUUGCACAGUUCAUCAGAAGAGCAAAAUUCUAUUUCUAAGCAUCCGUGUCUCUUAAGGCACAGAAUCUGUGACAAAAUCCAUUCUUCUUCUGUGGAACUGAAAUGAGCAUUGUGAUUUUCAGGUCUGACAUGAAGCCACACAGCUUCAGUUUUUCACAAGUUCCUGAAGCCUAGCUUGAAAUACCAAUUUCCCUACUUAAAACUGGAAUAAAAUCAGUUCAGGUUUGGGUUGGUUUUUUUUUUUAAGCUAACAGAGCAAAAAAUAAAAGUGGAUUUCCAUUCACUUUAAAGCUUUUUUUGAUCUAGCCCAACAUGUUAGAGAUUUAUUUUUAAAAACGGAGCAAAAAGGGAAAAAUGUGCUAAGCUGCCUUCUUUUGACAUUUAAAAACCCACUCCUGGUUACCUGCUGUGUGUGUGUGGAGCCCUGGAGUCAGCCAGCUCCUGGGACUCAGGCAUUAUGCUGGGGGUCUGCCAGCCCACUGAGCAUAUGCACUGGUAGUAAACUCAGUAGGGAUUUGUUGGAAAGAAUGAGAGUGAAACUGUGCUGUAGUUUGGGUUUUUUUGUGUUCCUCACUAAAAGGAAGGAGAAAAAAUGACCUUUUUUGUCCAUUGAAAACCAUGUCAUUGGAGGUGAAGCUUCCUGGAUAUUUUAAAGCUAAACUAUAUCUCCAAUACUGUAUUUUAGAGAUGCACUUUAAGUACCUUUUUAAAGAAAAUUCUAAUAUUCUGGGAUGAAGAAGGGAAGGGAAUAUUCCAAAACACUGAGAAAGGAUUUUUUUUCCCAGUCAGUGUCUAAUAGUCCUUAUUACUGGUUAGCAACAUACUUCAAAGCAAAGACUUUACAUUUUGCUGCUUGUUAUCUAAUUUACAGGGAUUUCAUUUUAUGUAAUGUAUUGUAUAUUUAUACAUCUGUAAUUAUUUGCACACUAGCUAAGAGGAUUAGCUUUGGUAUAACACCCAUUGGUACUAUACAAUCAACUAAUACUGCCUAUGCAUAUGCAUCUUUCUGGUACUCUUGCAGAGCUUUGGUUUGUGUUAGUUCAUCCUGUGCUGGGUGGUUUUGUUGCAGAUGCAGCUGUUGGGCAGCUGCUGGAGGGCAGGAAAGUGAUGCUGCUGUUCUGGAGUGGGUUGCUGGAUGGACUUUCCAAGGGGUCUCUACCAUGCGUGUGUUGCAUCUCUCCCUUGUGGUUCACAACCCCAAUAUGUGGUCUGAACUGUACUGUAUGUAGCAGGAAUGUAUUAAUUUUGUGCUUCCUUCUUUAAAAAGCAUCAGCUGUUCAAGAACAGGAUUGACUUUUUUUUUGUUUUGUUUUUGUUCAGAAGGCCAUUUAUGCGUUCUAAGGAUCUGAAAUCACAACUAGUCCAGCACUAACCAGAUGGUGGUGUCCAAUCCUAUUUUGGAACAGUUUUUAAAAUUUUACAAGGUCAGCUGUGUAUUCAGAAAACUGAGGGGGUGAAGGCCAUGAGUCUUCUUAAUGUUGCCAAGUGAAUGGCCUGAUCCUGAGCAGCACUGAGCUACCUCUUGCUUGUCUGGAAGCAGAGGGAGAAUUGGAUGAUCAGCACUUCCCAGGAUCAGUUCUUUAUUUCCCACUCUUGUUUGUUCAUACUUCAUGUGCAGUUGAUUACAGUUCUUGAAUUUGGCCAUUAGACAUGCUGUUGCACUCAAAUACAUGCUAUUUUUAUUUUUAUUUUUUAAUUGCAGUCCCCAUUUCCCUGUUUUAAUCUCUGUACACAAGGUAUACAAGGUAUCUGCUGUAUAAGUGGCCUUCUUGAACAAAUCUCUUUGCAAACUGAUUUCAUCCCAGUGAAGGAGUGUAUCAGCAACACUGUACAUUGAUUUCAGGUUUUCAUUUUCUUAUUUUAUUUUGUAAAUAUAUCCGAUAUUUGGAGCUUGAGUAUACAAAAUGUAAAUAUAGUUCAUGUAUUUGUACUAAUUCUGAUCCAUUUGCUGUAUAGCCUUAGGUGUGCAAUGCAGAUAUCUAACUGUGUAUGGUAACCUUGCACCACUGAGUUGUUAGUGAACGAGGUGAAACAAUAAAGGUACAACCAGUGCAUUAGCAGA